CCUCCUAAUGCAUGCUGUGGAGCGUGAAGUGAUCACAACCUGCAUAUGAACACACCUUUUCACACAGUCUGUGGUAGAGAGCUGCACCUGCAUGCGCUUGCAUCGCUGGCCCGAUUCCUUUAGUGAAAACAUGCGGCUGGAUGCUAAAUGAUGCGGUUGUGUGUACCUGUCGGUAGGACCUGACGGCUCCUGGAUAAUAUUUGUUCUUCUGCCGCUUUAGACUCAUGCUUCAACUUCUGCUCGGUGGCCAUUCAUCUUCGAUUUAGUAAGAGGCACCUGCUGUGUAACGUGAAUACAAUAACAUCCAAGGCCCCAGAAACAUCUCCACUGAAAGAUGAUCCAUUUCUAAGAACAAAACACCAUUAAGCUUUGUUUACUCACGUCAGACCAAUGGCACAUAUUCGAAGCUUAAGUGCUAUGGUUCUCCUCAUGUCUUUAUUUCUAAUCUUUUUCUACUCAACCCUACACCUGGAGACAACCUACAGUCGCAGGGCUGCACCAGAGGAACUCCUGACGCAUCCCGGUCUCCAUGUCCUUGAAAGCGAUGUGAAAACACAACCCUCCAAGCAGGAGAGCUUAACCACACCUCAUCCUAGUGUUCUCAAUGUAUCUGUCUGUGAAGAUUUCAGAAAAAGCGUCCCACAGAACGGCGCGUACUGGAACCGCCUGCUGUGGUCAGCCCUCAGGAAUCUGGACAAGGGAGAAAACCUUAUCAGCCAUGACCUCGAUUGGUCUCGCUGCAAGGAGACAAAUCAAGAGCUCCUGCAAACCAAUGUGCACGACUUCACCUCCUACCCCGUCUUAUUCCAGGACUUUUUGCAGGCCAUGAACUGCAUGACACCUCCUGUCCUGCUCAAUCAACCCAACAAGUGCCCCUCUGGUGAAGACAACCAGACUUUCCUGCUUUUUGCCAUCAAAUCGGCUCCAGGAAACUUUGAGCGGAGGCAGGCGGUGCGCGAGACCUGGGGGCGAGAGGGGACGGUCAAGGGCGGACUGAGAGUACGCACUGUGUUUCUGCUGGGCAGCUCCCUUCCAGAGGGUCCUGACCUCAGCCAACUGCUUUCGUUUGAAGCGAGGCACUUUGGGGACGUUGUGCAGUGGGACUUCCAUGAAUCCCUCUUGAACCUGACGCUCAAAUUGAACCUGCUUUUCCAGUGGACACUGAAAUACUGUCCUAAUUCCUCCUUCGUCUUUAGCGGAGAUGACGACGUGUUCGUCAACACGCCAGGGUUACUCGACUACAUGCAGUCACUGGAGCCAUCCAAGGCCUCUCAGUUGUAUGUUGGACAUGUCAUAAGCACAGCAAAUCCCCUCAGGGACCCGAGAAGCAAAUACUACAUUCCUCUUAGCUUCUAUGACGGCUCAUACCCUGCUUACGCCGGCGGAGGCGGUUUUCUUAUCUCUGGAGCGUUGAUGCAACCCCUACAUUCAGUUUCACACGUCAUCCCGUUUUUCCCCAUCGACGACGUCUACGCUGGGAUGUGCUUUAAAGCUCUGGGGGUUUCUCCAGAGGCAAACAAGCGCUUUCAGACAUUCGACGUCAAGGAGCAGGAUCGCGAGAAUCUGUGUGUUCAUAAAGAUCUGUUUCUGAUUCACCAGCGUUCCCCACAGCAGAUAAAGAAGCUGUGGAGGGGCAUUCACAGCCCAUUGUUGACUUGUUGAACAGGAAUGAUGAGCAAAAAGGAGAGGCACAAAGAGGAAACAUUGACUGCAGGGACAAGCCAUCGACCCUUCGAGAUUUUUCACUGCCAAGUAAAAUGAACACUUUCUAAUUGUGUUGUUAACCAAAUGUUCAUAUUGAGCUGUUGAAUUCAAAUAAAACAAUUCAACAAAGA